CUCCAACCCCAGCUGAUUUGUAAAUUCAGUGGGGUUUUUUUUGUGUGUGUGUGUGUGUCAAUGACAUCACCCUCCUCCCCAUGGCAACCCCCGACGAUAUCAAAAUUGCCAGGCAACGUUGGAGCUGCUCGCGCCCUAAAGGAGCAGGUCGCUGCCUGAGGAGCUGAUGGAGAAAUCCCAAAGUGAGCUGGGGUGCACGGUGGAGGAGGGGCGCGCCGCGGCCGGGGCUGCCGGGCCCUGAUCGAUCCAUCGGCCAGAGGAAGGCGGGAGUGGCUGCGGCUUGCUCGGCCAGCUCCUCUUGACAGCAGCCGCGGACCCCAUCAGGUGGGGGGAGGGCACUGCUCGGCUCCUGAUGUACCCGGAGCAGCAAGCAGCCAUCCAGGUGACUAAAGCCGCCCACCGCCACUGAGUCACCCACCCGCCUUGGCUUCUCUUCCUUCCCCCUUUGCAUCUGAUUAUUUGGGGAGCUAAAAACUUGGAGGUGUACCUGAGGCCCGCCCCUUCUAACUCUCCCCUCCCUACCUCGGCUUGGAGGAAGAUGGAACUCGCUGGGAAGCUGCCACUACCCCCUAAGGACAUGGAAGGCACGGAGGGAGCCAGAGGUGCCCAGGGAGAGACCGCAGCUGGCAGAGUACAAUAGCAGACAUGGUGAUCAGGCUGCCCAUGUGUCCUCUGAAGGUGCUGGAAGAGACGGGGAGUCUGGUCCAUACCGACUGGAGUCCUCCUGUGCCGGCUUUAAGCUCACCUCUCAAGGGGAUCUGUCUGUAAACGUGUGGCUUCCAGGGCCAUUGGUAUUCGGAGAGCAAGGCUGGAUUGGCAUAGGCAGGCCUGUACAGGUAGAGCAGCUUUCUGGGUUCCAGACAAGCAUCAGCCUGCAGUGGGAGAGGGUGAGGCCCAGCUGCCCUGAAGGAGAGUCAAGGCCGGCGGAGGACCGGCUCUGGAAGGUCCUGGGAUCUUCCCUCCCCUUCGUGCUCUAGAGAGCUGAACGAAGAAUAGUGAAAAAGGAGAGGAGAGAAGGCCACAGGAGGCACCAUGUUCCGCAAGAAAAAGAAGAAACGCCCCGAGAUAUCUGCCCCACAGAACUUCCAGCACCGUGUCCACACCUCCUUUGACCCCAAGGAAGGCAAGUUCGUGGGCCUCCCCCCACAAUGGCAGAACAUCCUGGACACCUUGAGGCGGCCCAAGCCCGUGGUGGAUCCUUCUCGAAUCACGAGGGUGCAGUUGCAGCCCAUGAAGACGGUGGUACGCGGCAGCUCAGUGCCCACGGAGGGCUACAUCUCAGGGCUGCUCAACGACAUCCAGAAGUUGUCAGCCAUCAGCUCCAAUACCCUGCGUGGACGCAGCCCCACCAGCCGGCGGCGGGCACAGUCCCUGGGCCUGCUGGGCGAUGAGCAGUGGGCUGCCGACCCAGAUAUGUACCUCCAAAGUCCUCCGUCGGAGCGCACUGAUCCCCACGGCCUCUACCUCAGCUGCAAUGGGGGCACACCAGCAGGCCACAGGCAGAUGCCAUGGCCGGAGCCACAGAGCCCACAGGCCCUGCCCAAUGGGCUGGCUGCCAAGGCCCAGUCCCUGGGCCCUGCGGAGUUCCAGGGGGGCUCGCAGCGCUGCCUGCAGCUGGGGGCCUGCCUGCAGAGCUCCCCACCUGGCACCUCACCCCCUGUGGCCACAGGGAGGCGUGGAGUGAAGGCUGCCAAGCACAGCGCCUCGGAGGAGGCCCGGCCACAGUCCUGCCUGGUGGGCUCAGCCGGCGUCGGCAGGCCUGGUGGAGAAGGCAGCCCCAGCCCUAAGAACCAGGAGAGCGGCCUCAAGCACCGGCUCUUCCGAAGCAUGUUCCUGUCCACCCCCGCCGCCGCCGCCGCCGCCGCCACCGCCGGCUCUGCAAGCAGCAGCAAGCCGGUCCCUCUGCCACAGAACAAGCUCAGCUCUGCUUUCCGACCACCGCAAAAAGACUCCUCCUCAAACCUGGUCGCCAAGGCCCAGUCCUUGCCCUCGGACCAGCCCAUGGGGACUUUCAGCCCUCUGACCACCUCGGACACCAGCAGCCCCCAGAAGUCCCUCCUCCGCACAGGCCCAGCCGCUGGCCCGCUUCCAGGCCGGUCUUCUCCAGUCGGCUCCCCCCGCACUCGGCACGCUCAGAUCAGCACCAGCAAUCUCUACCUGCCCCAGGACCCCACAGUGGCCAAGGGGGCCCUGGCUGGCGAGGACACGGGCAUUGUGACCCAUGAGCAGUUCAAGGCUGCGCUCAGGAUGGUGGUGGACCAGGGCGACCCCCGGAUGCUGCUGGACAGCUAUGUGAAGAUUGGGGAGGGCUCCACGGGCAUUGUGUGUCUGGCCCGGGAGAAGCAUUCGGGUCGCCAGGUGGCGGUCAAGAUGAUGGACCUCAGAAAGCAACAGCGCAGGGAGCUGCUCUUUAAUGAGGUGGUGAUCAUGCGUGACUACCAGCACCUCAACGUGGUGGAAAUGUACAAGAGUUACUUGGUGGGCGAGGAGCUGUGGGUGCUGAUGGAGUUCCUGCAGGGCGGGGCCCUCACGGACAUCAUCUCCCAAGUCAGGCUGAAUGAGGAGCAGAUUGCUACUGUGUGUGAAGCUGUACUUCAGGCCCUGGCUUACCUGCACGCCCAGGGUGUCAUCCACCGGGACAUCAAGAGUGAUUCCAUCCUGCUGACCCUUGAUGGCAGAGUGAAGCUCUCAGACUUUGGAUUCUGUGCUCAGAUCAGCAAAGAUGUCCCCAAGAGAAAGUCCCUGGUGGGAACCCCAUACUGGAUGGCUCCUGAAGUGAUCUCCAGAUCUCUGUAUGCUACUGAGGUGGAUAUCUGGUCUCUGGGCAUCAUGGUGAUUGAGAUGGUGGAUGGAGAGCCUCCCUACUUCAGCGACUCCCCCGUUCAAGCCAUGAAGAGGCUCCGGGACAGCCCCCCUCCCAAGUUAAAGAACUCUUACAAGGUUGGUUGUUGUGCAAGCUGUGAACUCCCCGGCCUCAUGCCCCGGGCCCCUCUCCUGCAGCAGGAGAAUCACUUCUUGGCAGGCUCUCGGCAGGAACCCACCCAUACUGAUGAGGAGGAAGACCAGGGCUGCCACACCCCAGCCAGGGCCUCCUCCCUGUCUUGGUUCUGGGAGCCGGUCACAGCUACCCACCACCCCUUCCUUGCUCAGGGCCUCUUCCACUCACAUCAGGAGUCUCACAAUGGCCUCAGGCCUGCCCGUCAGUGGCCCAGGAAGAAAUACCCAGCUAGAGGCCACCCCAGGACCCCCUGUCUUUGUCUUCUCUGGAGCAGUAGAGUGGAUCUCAGCUCUGCUUUCCGACCACCGCAAAAAGACUCCUCCUCAAACCUGGUCGCCAAGGCCCAGUCCUUGCCCUCGGACCAGCCCAUGGGGACUUUCAGCCCUCUGACCACCUCGGACACCAGCAGCCCCCAGAAGUCCCUCCUCCGCACAGGCCCAGCCGCUGGCCCGCUUCCAGGCCGGUCUUCUCCAGUCGGCUCCCCCCGCACUCGGCACGCUCAGAUCAGCACCAGCAAUCUCUACCUGCCCCAGGACCCCACAGUGGCCAAGGGGGCCCUGGCUGGCGAGGACACGGGCAUUGUGACCCAUGAGCAGUUCAAGGCUGCGCUCAGGAUGGUGGUGGACCAGGGCGACCCCCGGAUGCUGCUGGACAGCUAUGUGAAGAUUGGGGAGGGCUCCACGGGCAUUGUGUGUCUGGCCCGGGAGAAGCAUUCGGGUCGCCAGGUGGCGGUCAAGAUGAUGGACCUCAGAAAGCAACAGCGCAGGGAGCUGCUCUUUAAUGAGGUGGUGAUCAUGCGUGACUACCAGCACCUCAACGUGGUGGAAAUGUACAAGAGUUACUUGGUGGGCGAGGAGCUGUGGGUGCUGAUGGAGUUCCUGCAGGGCGGGGCCCUCACGGACAUCAUCUCCCAAGUCAGGCUGAAUGAGGAGCAGAUUGCUACUGUGUGUGAAGCUGUACUUCAGGCCCUGGCUUACCUGCACGCCCAGGGUGUCAUCCACCGGGACAUCAAGAGUGAUUCCAUCCUGCUGACCCUUGAUGGCAGAGUGAAGCUCUCAGACUUUGGAUUCUGUGCUCAGAUCAGCAAAGAUGUCCCCAAGAGAAAGUCCCUGGUGGGAACCCCAUACUGGAUGGCUCCUGAAGUGAUCUCCAGAUCUCUGUAUGCUACUGAGGUGGAUAUCUGGUCUCUGGGCAUCAUGGUGAUUGAGAUGGUGGAUGGAGAGCCUCCCUACUUCAGCGACUCCCCCGUUCAAGCCAUGAAGAGGCUCCGGGACAGCCCCCCUCCCAAGUUAAAGAACUCUUACAAGGUCUCCCCAGUGCUGCGAGACUUCCUGGACCGGAUGCUGGUACGGGAACCCCAAGAGAGAGCCACGGCCCAGGAGCUCCUGGAUCACCCCUUCCUGCUGCAGACAGGGCUGCCUGAGUGUCUGGUGCCUCUGAUUCAGCUCUACCGCAAGCAGACCUCCACCUGCUGAGUCCACACCCAGGGUGCCCCUGCCGCCUGUGCCCGCAGGCAAAGGACACUGGGCAGCCAGUCCACGGGCAGGGCCUGCCUGCCUUGUUCUCUCAGUAUUCUCUCCAAAGAUUGAAUGUGAAGUUCCAGCCCUUCCUUCCUGCCCUUCUGCCCGCUGGGCCAGGCCGGACCUGCCCCCUCAGUCUCACCCCCCGGCGUCCCAGUUGCCUUUGGGACGACAAUGACCCCCUUCUGCAGGUUUGGCCCUUUGCUAUUUGCACAGGGAUGUUUCUAAGAAACACAGAGAGUGGUGCUCCUGGCCACCAGCCAGCAAAGCCGACAGGCUGCUGAAGGUGUCUAAAGGCAGUGUCCACCAGUGUCCUGGCCGCCAAGAGGGCGCAUGGCCCAUCUUCACACGGACACUUGCUGUUCUCAGCUACGGCUUCAAACCCUGGAGGCCCAGAGGGCCGUGGGGAAGGAUUCACUGCCUGGAUCCUUCUUCCUCCCUGGGGCUGACUUCUGGAAGCCCCACUUGCACCUGUUCCCCAUCUGUCCCCUGGCAUAGCCUCUCCCCAGCAAGCCUCCACAGAACUGUGAAUCGCCUGUGUGUAGGCCAUGGGAGCAGCAAGGGGCAAUCUUCUGAGAGAGCGAGUGUGUAGUUGAUGGUAAAAGUGACUCCAUUUUUCAGGAUGGAGAGAACAUUUUCUUGUUCUUUCUCUCUCUCUCUCUCUCUCUCUCUCUCUCUCUCUCUUUCUCUCUCUCUCUUUCUCUCCCUCCUCUCCCUCCUUCCCUUUCCUCUCUGUCUCUGUCUCUCUCUCUGUGUCUCUCUUCUGUCUCUCUGUCUCUGUCUGUGUGUGUGUGUGUGUGUGUGUGUGUGUGUGUGUGUUGUGUGUAAAGUCCCCCAAAGGCCCAGGCCUUUCCAGUUACCCCCAGAGAGCUUCAGAAGAGCUCCCCGCCCCCCACAAUCUUCUUUUCUACCAAGCUCUGCUCUGAAGGGACCUGCUUUGGGGGCCUGGUUUUCUGCCUCUCAAGUCUCAUGUUAUUACCUAAACAGUGAAGGGAUGUGUAUAUGUCAAGUCUAACACAUGCUGGGGGGCCUUGAUAUGUCUGAGUUUCUCCCCUACUGAGACAGGAGCCAGAUCAUCAGGGACCCAUCCUCUUUAGAACCCUGGGCUGGGACAGGAAGGUGAAUCACCUCCUGUGGGAGGGGGUCCUUCAUGCCAAGGGAUGGGUCCUCCUCAUGUGAACCAGCUGCCCCUGCAGAUCUUUACCUGCCCCUUGUCCUCCCUCCCUCCCCACCUUCCUGGCUGUUGUGAGACAGGGAAUGCCAAGGAAGAACUCCAGUAUCUGGACCCUAUCCAGAUAAUAUUUUUAGAUCCCUCUGCUCCCUGGUGACCUGCAUUAGGGCAAAAAAAAAUUGCAAGGUCUUUUUUUAAGGGUCAGAGUUUUAAAAACAAAAGCAUCUUCCCUAGAAAUUUUUGUGAAUUGUUUGCACUUGUGCCUGUUUUAAAUUAAACUGAAUGUUCGAA